AUGGAUAUCAAAGAUGUCUCAAACGAGAGCCAGUACAUCGGCUACCUGAAGCAAAUUCAGGCCGCUGCAGAACGGGCAGCCCGAAGAAAGGGUCAAGCCGUGAGAGAUCACCCCCCUUCUCAACAACUCGUCUCGUCCUUCAUGAUGAAGCUCAUGGCCAGCUCAUAUCGCCCUCAGUCGACCGAAAACACAAUCGCUACCACGCAGGUCCCAGCGCCUUAUCCACCUUGCAUUCUUUCUGCCAAUGACCUGGAACCCAUCAUGAUCUCUGAUAUGAGACUCGAAACCCAUCAUCGAGGGAAGAAGAUCAUGCUCCGCGUCCUCACGCCCCCCGAUCGUAUUACGGCUGUGAUGGCCAUUGUGGAGGAUGAGAAGGGAACCGCUGUGUUGCUCCAGCUCUAUCACCAGCCUGACGAGACUAUCGUCCCUGCCACUGAGAUCCUCAAGCCAAACAUGGUCUACAUCCUCAAAGAACCCUUUUUCAAAUGUGCCACGGACGGUACAUACUCGCUGAGAGUCGACCAUCCUAGUGAUAUUAUCCGGCUAGACGGAGCUGACGACCGCAUUCCCUCGCACUGGAGGCCAUCGAUGGUGAUCUCAGACAAGAACAGCACUGACAUUCGAAAGCAAGGCAACAAAGCUGUACAGGCUAAGAAAUGGGCUGAAGCACUGCGACUGUACUCUUUAGCUAUUCAAGCGGGUCAAACUUUGGAAGAGAGACAGCUCGCUUUCCUCAACCGCUCGCUUGCAAACCUGAACCUGGAUCGACCGAAGCAGGCCUUGUUGGAUAUCGAGCAAGCCACCAAUCCUGCCAUGCCAUCCGAAAAGUCACUCUUCCGCAAGGCUCGAGCAUUGUAUGAGCUCGGUGAAUAUCAGCAGAGUCUCGAGACAUUGGAGAAACUUACACAGUUGUUCCCAGAAAAUAAUGCAGCCAGCUCCGAGAAAGAUCGGAUCAACGAGCGACUCAAAGAACAGCAGACAGGCGAGUACGAUUUCAAGCAAAUGUAUAAGCAGGCUGAAAUCACACCUCCCUUCAUCGACUGUGCCACCUUCUCGGCGCCGGUUGAGAUUCGCGAGUCGCCUGACCAGGGCAAAGGGCUCUUCACCACCAAGGCGGUCUCAGCGGGAGAGCUCCUUCUCUGCGAAAAGGCGUUCGCCUAUAGCUUUGCUGGCGAUGAGCAAUCCAGAAAACAGACCAAAAUCCUGAUGAAUCUUGCCACCAAGAGGAUGGUAAUGGGUGGCCAGGCACAGCUCUUGACCUUGAUUGUACAGAAACUGUACCACAACUUGUCGUUGUCCGCUGAGUUUGGAGACCUUCACCACGCCGAUUACCGAAAGGCCACGGUCUUGGAGACUGACGGUACCCCUGUAGUCGAUUCAUUCCUGGUAGAAAAGAUUACCUCCCUUAAUAAUUUUGGUGCUCCGAGGACAAGUCGCGAGUCAUUCCUCCGGGCAACAUCCAGCAGCAAAGAUAUGACGGGUGGCAAAGACUUCGAGUACACAACCUCGGGCAUUUGGCUCCUCGCGUCUCGUAUCAAUCAUUCCUGUGUGGGCAACUGUCGACGCUCCUUCAUCGGAGACAUGCAAAUCGUGCGCGCGACGAGGGACCUCGCUGCUGACACUGAACUAUUCUUCUCCUAUCGUCUUCCUGUGCCCUUUGAAUCUUACCAAGAGGCCCAAAGGGGCUUUAAAAACUGGGGGUUCACGUGCGACUGCGAGCUGUGUUUGCGUAAGAAAGCCACGUCUAAGUCCGUCCUCCAGAAACGCAAGGCAUUUGCCGACGACCUCCAGAGGCUCCUUGGUCAUCCUGACUCGGGCAACGGAGCCAAGGCGAUUCGACUCAUCAAGGCUCUCGAGAAAACCUACCCGGCAAACAACGACUGCGCCUUCCGGCUAGAAUUCUAUGACGUCUACUUCGCCUUCGGCGCCCACCUGAUGAAGGACAACCAGCUAAAUGAUGCAGCCAAAAUGAUCCUCAAGGGCCUCGAGGCCCUGGGACACAGCAUCAUUGCAUGUCCGCCCAAUGACAUUACGGAUCGGCCACGACUCGAAAUCAAACGAUGGGGGGUGGCGAGUGACGCUGCGCCAUGGGCAUUCUACAACCUUGCGAAUGUGUAUCGCCAACUUGCUCCUGAACUAUGCUUGGCUGCAGAGCAUUACGCUGAAGUAUCUUAUGCCAUGGUUGUGGGCGAGAAGGAAACCUGGCCUGAGGUGUUUUCGGGUUCUUCGUGA